AUGUCCACUCUUCUGGAAAACAUCAUUAGCAUGAUUGAAGUAUUCCGGCAGUACUCAAACAAUGACAAAGAAACAGACACACUAAGCAAAAAAGAGCUGAAGGAACUUCUGGAAGUGGAGUUGCGGGCAGUCUUGAAGAACCCAGAUGAUGAAGAUAUUGCAGAUGUCUUCAUGGAAAUCCUAGAUGCAGACCAUAAUGAGAAAAUAGACUUCACUGAGUAUUUGCUGAUGGUGUUGAAGUUGGCUAAAGCAUACUAUGAGUCAUCUCAAAAGAAAAGGUUCUCAAGUGGAUCAAAGAGAAGCAAAAGGCAUUAUAGAGAAGUAGGAGAAGAUGAAGAAGAGAGAAUACACAAAUCAAGUCAUGGAAAAACUGAAGGAAAUGAAGAGAAUGAAAGAUAUAGUAGCCCGAGAGGAAGAGGGAAAAAAAGACAUGGAUCAAGCAGUAGCAACCAGGAAACAGACACAAAUACACACAGAGGAAAGGAAAAGCAUGGGAAAAGGCACAAUUCAACCAGAAAACAUCGGGGAGAUACUAAUUCCUCUGAAAGAAGAGAAAUUAGAGGUAAGACACACAGAAGGUCAAAAGAAAGAAGAAAUGCAGAAUACGACACAGUGAAGCAGGAAAAUAUAAAAUAUCAUGAAGGUUGGGGGAAAACCUGCACAAAUUAUUACUAUGAAGAACAGCAUAACAAAGAACAAGAAGAGCAAGGAAGGAGACAUAGCAGCAAACAUUCCGGCAGGCAACAGUCCCCAGACAGCACAAGGCAGGCAGGCUCUCAUGAGAGAAGCGAGUCCUCCCAGCGACAUGCUGUCUCUCCAAAGGGCAGCUCAAGAACAAGUCCCAGAGGAAGACAGCAGUCCCCAGCCGGCCACAGACAAGCCACAUCCAGCAGAGGCAGACACCAGGAAGAGAGCGCCAGUCAGGCCAGUGACAGCGAGAGGCACUCAGAUGUUGAAGUCGGACACAGGCAGGGGUCGUCUGCCCACGGGAGGAACGCCAGUUCCAGCUCAGGAGCCCAGCGGGCAUCCAGCGGCCAGGGCCAGGAAGGUGACAGCGCCAGGCGUGUAGGAACCCAUCAGGGCCAGGCAUCUGGCCAAGGGCGAGGACGGUCUGAGGCAAGAAGCCACACAAGGGAAGCACAGGGGAACGUUGGUCAUGGACAGUCGGCUGACCGCUCCGGGCACUCCGGAGCUGGCCGCACACAAGGCCACGCCACAUCCACUGACCGGAGGCACCAUGAGUCCAGCGACAGUCAGGCAAGCGACAGCGAAGGCCACUCCGAUGUCUCAGAGGGCCAGGCAGUGGGAGCCCACGGUCGCUCCGGGGUCAGCAAGAGACACGAGGAACAGACGUCCCCUCGAGGCCAGCCCGGCUCUGGAGCCUACCACAUGUACUACUACGGGAACGAGCACGAGCACGAGCACAAAAAUGAGCACGAGCACCACCACGAGCAUGAGCACGAGCACGAGCACGACGCGUCUGGACACAGAGACAAGCAGCGGUCCAGUGGUAGGGCUGCUGAGGGCACCCACCGAGAACAAGGAAGGGACAGCGCCAGGCGACCAGGGUCCAGUCAGGGCCAGGCAUCUGGCCACGGACGAGAAAGGCCCGAAUCAGGACACGGCACCAGGGAAGCACAUGGAAACGUUGGUCGUGGACAGUCACCUGACCGCUCCGGGCACUCCGGAGCGGGCCGCACACAAGGCCACGCCACAUCCACUGACCGGAGGCACCAUGAGUCCAGCGAGAGUCAGGCAAGCGACAGCGAAGGCCACUCCGAUGUCUCAGAGGGCCAGGCAGUGGGAGCCCACGGUCGCUCCGGGGUCAGCAAGAGACACGAGGAACAGACGUCCCCUCGAGGCCAGCCCGGCUCUGGAGCCUACCACAUGUACUACUACGGGAACGAGCACGAGCACGAGCACAAAAAUGAGCACGAGCACCACCACGAGCAUGAGCACGAGCACGAGCACGACGCGUCUGGACACAGAGACAAGCAGCGGUCCAGUGGUAGGGCUGCUGAGGGCACCCACCGAGAACAAGGAAGGGACAGCGCCAGGCGCCCAGGGUCCAGUCAGGGCCAGGCAUCUGGCCACGGACGAGAAAGGCCCGAAUCAGGACACGGCACCAGGGAAGCACAUGGAAACGUUGGUCGUGGACAGUCACCUGACCGCUCCGGGCACUCCGGAGCGGGCCGCACACAAGGCCACGCCACAUCCACUGACCGGAGGCACCAUGAGUCCAGCGAGAGUCAGGCAAGCGACAGCGAAGGCCACUCCGAUGUCUCAGAGGGCCAGGCAGUGGGAGACCACGGUCACUCCAGGGUCAGCGAGAGGCACGAGCAACAGGCAUCCCCUCGAGGCCAGCACGGCUCUGGAGCUUAUCACAUGAACUACUAUGAGCAUGAACAUGAGCACAAAAACGAGCAGGAGCACCACCACGAGCACGAAGAGUCUGGACACAGAGACCAGCCGCGGUCCAGUGGCAGGGCUUCUCAGGGGACCCGCCGAGAACAAGGAAGGGACAGCGCCAGGAUUCAGGGCUCUCACCAAGGACACAGUUCCCCUGGACGCCAGGCUGGGUCCUCCCAAGGAAGGGUCGAAACCAAUGCUAGAGAGGGACAGGGGUCCCACAGGGAGUCCGUGAGGGACAGCUCUGAGCACCGCCAGUCCAGAAGGGGCCAGGAAGACCACCACUUUGGCUCUGGACGUUCUGGAUCGAGACAAGGCCAGGUGGGCUCCCACUCUACCGCAGACUCCUCCCAUGGUCAGACAGGCCACAGAGGCACAGCAAGCAGGCAGACAUCGGGCAGCAAACAAUCCCGAGACAGCACCGGGCAGUCAGGCUCCCAUCAGAGAAGCGAGUCCUCCCACCAACAUGCUGACUCUUCGAGGGGCAGCUCAAGAACCAGUCCCAGAGGAAGACAGGAGUCCCCAGCUGGUCACAGACAAGCCACAUCCAGCAGAGGCAGACACCAGGAAGACAGCGCCAGUCAGGCCAGUGACAGCGAGAGGCACUCAGAUGUUGAAGUCGGACACAGGCAGGGGUCGUCUGCCCACGGGAGGAACGCCAGUUCCAGCUCAGGAGCCCAGCGGGCAUCCAGCGGCCAGGGCCAGGAAGGUGACAGCGCCAGGCGUGCAGGAGCCAGUCAGGGCCAGGUAUCUGGCCAGGGGCGAGGACGAUCCGAAUCAGGAUCCCGCACCAGGGAAGUGCAUGGGAACGUCGGUCGUGGACAGUCGGCUGACCGCUCCGGUCACUCCGGAGCUGGCCGCACACAAGGCCACGCCACAUCCACUGACCGGAGGCACCAUGAGUCCAGCGACAGUCAGGCAAGCGACAGCGAAGGCCACUCCGAUGUCUCAGAGGGCCAGGCAGUGGGAGCCCACGGUCGCUCCGGGGUCAGCGAGAGGCACGAGCAACACACGUCCCCUCGAGGCCAGCAGGGCUCUGGAGCCUACCACAUGUACUACUAUGGGAACGAGCACGAGCACGAGCACGAGCACGACCAAUCUGGACACAGACACCAGCAGCAGAGGUCCAGUGGCAGGGCUGCUGAGGGCACCCACCGAGAACAAGGAAGGGACAGCGCCAGGCGCCCAGGGUCCGGUCAGGGCCAGGCAUCUGGCCACGGACGAGAAAGGCCCGAAUCAGGACACGGCACCAGGGAAGCACAAGGAAACGUUGGUCGUGGACAGUCGGCUGACCGCUCCGGUCACUCCGGAGCUGGCCGCACACGAGGCCACGCCACAUCCACUGACCGGAGGCACCAUGAGUCCAGCAACAGUCAGGCAAGCGACAGCGAAGGCCACUCCAAUGUCUCAGAGGGCCAGGCAGUGGGAGCCCACGGUCGCUCCAGGGUCAACAAGAGACACGAGGAACAGUCAUCCCCUCGAGGCCAGCACGGCUCGGGAGCCUGCCACAUGUACUACUACGAGCACGAGCAUGAGCACAAAAAUGAGCACGAGCACCACCACGAGCAUGAGCACGAGCACGAGCACGACGCGUCUGGACACAGACACCAGCAGCAGAGGUCCAGUGGUAGGGCUGCUGAGGGCACCCACCGAGAACAAGGAAGGGACAGCGCCAGGCGCCCAGGGUCCGGUCAGGGCCAGGCAUCUGGCCACGGAAGAGAAAGGCCCGAAUCAGGCUCGCGCACCAGGGAAGCGCAAGGAAACGUUGGUCGUGAACAGUCGGCUGACCGCUCCGGUCACUCCGGAGCUGGCCGCACACAAAGCCACGCCACAUCCACUGACCGGAGGCACCAUGAGUCCAACGACAGUCAGGCAAGCGACAGCGAAGGCCACUCCGAUGUCUCAGAGGGCCAGGCAGGGGGAGCCCACGGUCACUCCAGGGUCAGCGAGAGGCACGAGCAACAGGCAUCCCCUCGAGGCCAGCCCGGCUCUGGAGCCUAUCACAUGAACUACUAUGAGCACGAACAUGAGCACAAAAACGAGCAGGAGCACCACCACGAGCACGAGCACGAAGAGUCUGGACACAGAGACCAGCCGCGGUCCAGUGGCAGGGCUUCUCAGGGGACCCGCCGAGAACAAGGAAGGGACAGCGCCAGGAUUCAGGGCUCUCACCAAGGACACAGUUCCUCUGGACGCCAGGCUGGGUCCUCCCAAGGAAGGGUCCAAAGCAGUGCUAGAGAGGGACAGGGGUCCCACAGGGAGUCCGUGAGGGACAGCUCUGAGCACCGUCAGUCCAGAAGGGGCCAGGAAGACCACCACGUCGGCUCUGGACGUUCUGGAUCGAGACAAGGCCAGGUGGGCUCCCACUCUACCGCAGACUCCUCCCAUGGUCAGACAGGCCACAGAGGCACAGCAAGCAGGCAGACAUCGGGCAGCAAACAAUCCCGAGACAGCACCGGGCAGUCAGGCUCCCAUCAGAGAAGCGAGUCCUCCCACCAACAUGCUGACUCUUCGAGGGGCAGCUCAAGAACCAGUCCCAGAGGAAGACAGGAGUCCCCAGCCGGCCACAGACAAGCCACAUCCAGCAGAGGCAGACACCAGGAAGACAGCCCCAGUCAGGCCAGUGACAGCGAGAGGCACUCAGAUAUUGAAGUCGGACACAGGCAGGGGUCGUCUGCCCACGGGAGGAACGCCAGAUCCAGCCCAGGAGCCCAGCGGGCAUCCAGCGGCCAGGGCCAGGAAGGUGACAGCGCCAGGCGUGCAGGAGCCCGUCAGGGCCAGGCAUCUGGCCAGGGGCGAGGACAGUCUGAGUCAGGACGCCGCCACACAAGGGAAGCACAUGGGAACGUUGGUCAUGGACAGUCGGCUGACCGCUCCGGUCACUCCGGAGCUGGCCGCACAAAAGGCCACGCUACAUCCACAGACCGGAGGCACCAUGAGUCCAGCGACAGUCAGGCAAGCGACAGCGAAGGCCACUCCGAUGUCUCAGAGGGCCAGGCAGUGGGAGCCCACGGUCACUCCAGGGUCAGCAAGAGACACCAGGAACAGACGUCCCCUCGAGGCCAGCACGGCUCUGGAGCCUACCACAUGAACUACUACGGGAACGAGCACGAGCACGAGCAAAAAAUGAGCACGAGCACCACCACGAGCAUGAGCACGAGCACGAGCACGACGCGUCUGGACACAGAGACAAGAAGCAGUCCAGUGGUAGGGCUGCUGAGGGCACCCACCGAGAACAAGGAAGGGAUAGCGCCAGCCGCCCAGGGUCCGGUCGGGGCCAGGCAUCUGGCCAGGGACGAGGACAGUCCGAAUCAGGCUCGCGCACCAGGGAAGCACAUGGCAAAGUUGGUCAUAGAGAGUCGGCUGACCACUCCGGGCACUCCGGAGCUGGCCGCACACAAAGCCACGCCACAUCCACUGACCGGAGGCACCAUGAGUCCAACGACAGUCAGGCAAGCGACAGCGAAGGCCACUCCGAUGUCUCAGAGGGCCAGGCAGGGGGAGCCCACGGUCACUCCAGGGUCAGCGAGAGGCACGAGCAACAGUCAUCCCCUCGAGGCCAGCACGGCUCUGGAGCCUAUCACAUGAACUACUAUGAGCACGAACAUGAGCACAAAAACGAGCAGGAGCACCACCACGAGCACGAGCACGAAGAGUCUGGACACAGAGACCAGCCGCGGUCCAGUGGCAGGGCUUCUCA